AUGGAAGCUCAGUUCAACCGCCGACACGGAGCUAAACCUAGAAGGUUCGAGCCAAAUGAUCUAGUCUAUGCACGAGACUUCCGUUCCAAUCAACGCACAUGGAUUCCAGGGCGCAUUAUACGCCGCCACGAACGCGCUCUCUACGAUGUGUCUAUUCAAGGGGCCGUAUGGAAACGCACACAACUAAUCCCACGUGUUUUGCCGCAAGCAGUACCUAGACUGAACAACGCUUUGGAUGUGCCAUUGGAACCGUCACUGGAUACACCUACCGUGACAUCACAGACUUCAGUGGAUACCGCUGCUGCUCCAACGACAACAGUUACAGCAAGUUCACCACAGCCGACGUCGCCCACCUCCGGAUAUCGUCGAUCUAUCCGCAUUCGACGUCCUCCUGAUUUCCUCCAGAUUAACCCGUACGCCAAGUCGUACCGCGGACGUCAAUUUUAG